AUGGACUCUAAGAUCCCUCACAGCAGGUCGGACGUCGAAGUCGAGGCGGAAGGUGAUGAGAUCAAGGACGAUGAUGAUCCAUAUGGUCGUGCCGCCCGCGUCACUUUCAAGGACUCCUCCGCCACCACCGAUAUAGAGGGAAUGCGUUCUAUUUAUCAGCCAGCGCAAUUUACCCGCACCCAUUCCGUCGGCCGUGAUACAAUUCAAAGCACCCGCAGCAGUAGCCAGACGGCAACUGCAGCAAAUGCCGGUUUCCCCAUCGAGUUCCGAACACUGUCAAUCCAGAUCUCAGAGUCUCAGAAUGCCCCGAAAGAGGCUAUUGUCGAGCCUCCCAAGGCGAAGCUACCCGAUCAAGAUUACUUCGAGAGCCUCGACUUCCAUACCAUCACUCAGGAGAAGUUGUUGCAAGAGUUCAAUGUCGACCAGCGUGCUGGGCUGAGCAGUGAGUCGGCUGCCAACCGUCUCGCUCGGGAUGGGAAGAACGUCAUUGCCCGUCACAGCGAGAAUUAUUGGAAGAAGAUCUUCUUCUACGUUUUCGGUGGAUUCUGCUCAGUCUUAUGGGUUGGCGUGAUCAUUUUCUUCAUCUGCUGGAAACCUCUCAGCAACCCGCCCUCGCCUACAAACCUCGCGAUGGCUAUCUUGGUCAUCAUUGUCAUCUUGUUACAAGCAAGCUUCUCGGCUUUCCAAGAUUGGUCGACAAAGCGGGUGAUGAAUUCGAUCUUGGGUCUGCUACCAUCCGAGGCGCUGGUGAUGCGUGACGGGAAGCUCACCCGUCUCCCGGCAACGGAUCUGGUCACCGGCGAUAUUGUUCAGAUCAUGGUCGGAAAUAAGGUACCUGCUGAUAUGCGCCUGCUCUCAACUUCGGGCGAUGUUCGCUUUGAUCGCGCUAUUCUUACUGGAGAAUCCGACGAAGUUGACGGUGCUACUGAAGCGACUGAUGCAAACUUCCUCGAGACUCGCAACGUCGCCAUGAUGGGAACUUUAGUAACCAAUGGAAAUGCCACCGGCGUGGUUGUACUUACGGGUUCUCGAUCUGUCAUGGGUCGUAUUGCCAAUAUGACGGCAGGUGUCAAGCAGAAACCGACUCUCAUCCAAAAGGAGAUCAAUCGUUUCGUCGCUAUCAUUGUCAGUCUUACUAUCAUAUUGGCUUUGAUGAUACUGUUCACCUGGGUUGGAUGGUUGCGCAAAGACCACCCUACCUACAUGAGUGUUGUCGCCAUGCUUAACAAUGUCAUGGGCUGUGUCGUCGCUUUCAUUCCUGAGGGUGUUCCCGUCGGUGUUGCCUUGACGCUCAUGAUGAUUGCCCGGCGCAUGAAGAAGAACAAUGUUCUUCCGAAGGGCCUGGCAACUGUCGAGACGCUUGGUUGUGUGAACGUGAUAUGUUCCGACAAGACCGGUACUUUGACUCAAAACCGCAUGUUUGUCAAGUCUAUCGGCAUGGUUGACUGGGAAUUCAACAUCGAGGACCUGCAUGCCGAUACUGAAGUACCCGAGGGCCUUACUAACCUGAUGCGUGCGUCAGUCCUCUGUAACGAUGCUACGUUUGAUGCUGAUACCAUGCACCUGCCCGUAUAUGAUCGCACGGUCAACGGCAAUGCUACAGAUGCUGCAGUCCUACGGCUCGCUGCCAGUGUCAGCGCAACUGCGCAGAAAAAUCUUGAACCCUAUGAGCGCAUUCACCAAAUUCCGUUCAACUCCAAGAACAAGUGGAUGCUUACUAUGCAUCGCGAUCCUACCGCUGGCAAAGGAUACCUCGUCUACGUGAAAGGCGCGCCCGAUGUCCUCUUGGACCGCUGUUCCUCAUACUGGUCCGCAAUUCACAACGCUGUGCGCCCGCUGGACGAGGCAGCCCGUCAAAAGUUCUCUUCCUUCCAAGCAAAGCUUUCUCGUCGUGCUGAACGUGUGAUUGUACUUUGUCAACGUCACUAUGUACCAACCACCGAGCCCGGCUCCAACGGCUUCAGCGACGAGGUCAUGGCCUCGGGUGCUCAGCAACUGACUGUUCUUGGUAUCUUUGGAAUUAUCGAUCCACCCAGACCGGAGACCGCCCAGACCGUGGCUCAGUGCCGCCGUGCUGGAAUUCGAUUCUUCAUGGUCACUGGUGACUUUGGUCUUACCGCAGCGGCCAUUGCUAAGGACAUUGGGAUCUAUGACGGCGCAAUGGAGCCAGAUACCAUCGAUACUCUACGCGAUUACGACGAUGAAGCCAAGGCGCUGCGCUCCAGUCAUAGCUUGCUUCUUGAGGGAACAAGUCUCUCUUCUUUGACUCAGGAUGAGUGGACGACUGUCUGCGGAUAUGAAGAGGUCGUCUUUGCUCGUACCAGUCCUGAACAAAAGCUACGUAUCGUCACUGAGCUCCAAGCAAAGGGUAAUAUCGUCGCAGUGACAGGUGACGGCGUCAACGAUGCCCCAGCUUUGCGUGCCGCAAAUGUCGGGGUUGCCAUCGGCUCUGGCAGUGAUGUCGCAAUCGAAGCGGCCGACUUGGUCCUGCUCGACCGGUUCGAUUCCAUUGUUGAAGCCAUCCGUCUCGGCCGUCUGGUGUUCCAGAACCUGCAGAAGGUCAUUGCCUAUCUUCUGCCCGCCGGUUCCUGGUCCGAAAUCUGGCCCGUGUUGAUGAACGUCUUCUUUGGCGUUCCCUCCCCUCUUAGUUCAUUCCUCAUGAUCAUCAUCUGUGUAUUUACCGAUCUCUUCCUCUCCCUUUCCCUCAUCAUGGAGAAAGAAGAGUUCGACCUGAUGAGCCUCCCUCCUCGACGCCCCACGAAAGAUCACCUGAUCAACCUUCGCAUCUACGGCCAAUCCUACCUUUUCGUCGGUGUGAUUGAAGCCUUCAGUGCCCAUGCUAUGUUUUUCCUCUACAUGUGGAAAGCAGCCGGCAUUCCCUUUUCAGACCUUGUCUUCGCUUUUGAGAGCUACACGGACGGCUUCCAUGGAUAUACUGAAGACGAGCUCACGCACUUCAACAACGUCGGUCAGUGCGUGUACUUUGUCACUUUGGUUAUCAUGCAAUGGGGAAACAUCCUCUCUGUCCGGAGCAAACGUAUGUCGCUCCUCCAAGCUGAUCCCGUUCGUCCUGCGCGCCGCAACCCAUGGCUUCCUCUCGCAAUGCUCAUCUCCCUCGUCAUCGCCAUCUUCGUCACCGAAGUCCCGGGCAUCCAGUCUCUUUUCGGGACGGCCCCGGUCCCAAUCGAGUUCUGGUUCAUCCCGCUUGGCCUCGCUCUUGGUGUGCUCGCUAUGGAUGAGCUUCGUAAGGCGCUGGUCCGGUUGUUCCCCAAGGGACCUGUUGCAUGGGUGUCGUGGUAA